AUGGCCCCCUCUGCUGUUAGCUUUCCCCCUUCCACAGAAUUCGUGAUAGCCCCCGAAGCCUACUAUUCAACUGGCUUGCGUGCGCGCUUCCUCCUUGACGCGGACCGGUCCGCUGCGAAGACUCAGAGUAAACCCGCGACUUACGCUAAGAUUGGGUACGAAUUCGAUGAAAUAGCCUAUAAGAAGCGCGUCCAGGCUAGUCUCGCAGCUGGCAACUUGCCCAGAAAAGUACCUGCGGGCUGGCCCACUCAAUUGUCUGGCCCCUUGGUCUGGGACCGGGGGGACUUUCCGGAUGAAAAUGAGUAUGUAUAUUACUUGACCGACAAGGACAAGAUUGAGAUAUCCGAUGCCUUGGAAACUUUCAAAGGUUUUGGCCUCGGUGGCCAUGAAGUCUCACAGGCGACAUUUCCUCUCCCGUCGCUUGGGAAAGAGCUUAUCAAGGUGCGCAACGAUGUGUAUGAGGGCCGCGGAUUUGCAAUUGUGCGCGGACUAGACCCGGAUGCGUACACCAUGGAAGACCUUACGGUGGUAUACUUGGGAAUAUCGAGUUACAUCGGCGAACGACGCGGAAAACAAGAUCAGCGAGGUUCAAUGUUGAUGCAUGUCAUCAAACGAGGCGACGAACAGCGUGACAUCCAAUACAGUGAAGACAAGCCCUUCCACACGGACACUGUUACCGACUGUUUGUGCUUGUUUACCCGAAGCCUCUCCGAAAAAGGUGGCCGUAGUAUUCUCGCUUCCGCCUGGACGGUGUACAACGAGAUUGCAGCCACUCGACCAGAUAUAAUCCACGUUUUGUCACAACCCAACUGGCCAUUUGACACAUUCGGCCGCUCCCCUCCGUAUUACACCCGGCCGGUCCUUUUUUACCACGACGACAAGCUCAUCACAUCUUUCUCACGCCGGUUGCUGGUCGGACAUGUGCCAUUCGACAAGCGAACACCCGGAAUCCCUGGUCUCACAGAAGCACAGGCCGAGGCCCUCGACAUGAUUCAUUUUGUUGCACGCAAGCAUGAAAUCACCCCCCGGAUAGAACGCGGCGAUCUCCGCUUCAUCAACAACAUGGCGGUACUGCACCGACGCGAGGCUUUCGAAAACAGUGCGGGGAACGCCCGGCAUCUAAUCCGGAUCUGGCUGAAUAACGAGCAGAUGUGCUGGAAGCUGCCACGAACGCUGCAGCUCUCGUGGGCUCGUAUCUUCGAGGACAAUGAGCGUGAAGAACACUGGGAUCUUGAGCCCCCGCGUCGAGACGGCAAGAUCCUGAGGGUUGCUGGAUCAUGUGAUUAA